AUGGAGGCAAGAGUUGGAGAUAGUUCUGACACAAAAAGGGACAUUGAUAGAUCUAGCAACAUCAAUAUCACCGACCUUGAUCUGCCGAACAAAAACGUCGUUGUCAGCACCAACCAGAAGCUGGACAUGUGUGGCGGGGGAGGAGCCGAAAAGAUAGAACAUGACUUCUACAUUGUUUUCUUGAGAGAUCAGACUACGAAUGAGAGACCGACACUUGUCGAGACGCAUCUGAAUAUCCUUUCAUCUUUGAAAGGAAGACUAAUGGUAUGGAUAAAGUUGCCUCGGUUUUCCGAAACCAAUACAGGAAGCUACACACGACAAGAUCAUGGGAUUUCCUCAGACUAACUGAAAAGUCGAAGAGGAAUUUAGAAGUUGAGAGCGACAUCAUAGUUGGAAUGAUUGACUCAGGUACAAUGCCAAUCAAGUGUGAAUACUUUGCUUGACGAUUAAUCUCAUUUCCAUUGUAUAAUACAUAGGCCAUUAGUUUUUAGUUAUCUUUUAUGCAUAAUAGGAAUUUCGCCCGACUCCGAGAGCUUUAAUGACGACGGUUUUGGCCCUCCACCGAAAAAAUGGAAAGGAAGUUGCCCCAAAGCCGCAAAUUUCUCCGGAUGCAACAACAAGCUCAUCGGUGCAAAGUACUACAAGAUGGACAAGCAGCCAGACCCGGACGACAUCCUGUCGCCCAUCGACGUGCAGGGCCACGGGACCCACACGUCAUCGACCGCAGCAGGGAGCGCGGUCGAGCAAGCGAGCCUGUUCGGAAUUGGCGAGGGCACGGCUCGUGGGGCAGUGCCUUCAGCCCGCGUGGCAAUGUACAAGGUGUGUUGGGCCUCGGGCGGCUGUGCAGACAUGGACUUGCUGGCGGCGUUUGACGACGCCAUACACGACGGUGUUGAUGUCAUAUCCCUUUCGAUCGGGGGCCGCACGGGACCCUAUACUGAGGAUAUCAUAUGUAUUGGCGCUUUCCGAGCCUCGAGCAAAGGGAUCCUCACGGUGGCCUCAGCGGGGAACUCUGGGCCGUACGAAGGAUCAGUCACGAACCACGCACCCUGGAUGCUGACAGUGGCGGCCAAUGGCAUUGACCGCCAGUUCAGGAGCAGGGUGGUGUUGGGCGAUGGGGCCAUUUUGUCGGGAAUUGGAGUGAGCCCAAUUGAGCCAAAGCAAAACUUGUAUCCUCUGGCAAGUGGGGCUGAUGUGGCCAGUGACUCUGGUGAUAAGGAAUCUGCAAGGUCCUGUUAUGAAGAUUCAAUGGAUCCUAAGAAGGUGAAAGGGAAGAUCAUAUACUGCUUCACGGAUACUGACGGGGCGGAUUCCACCAUCAAAGGUCUCGGGGGCAUUGGCGCCAUAAUGAAAGGUGACAGGUAUCUUGAUACAGGAUUUGUGUACAUGGCUCCAACAACCGUCGUUAACGCCUCCCUGGGGAAAAUAAUCGAGGACUACUUGAACUCCACAAAAAAUCCGUCUGCGGUAGUACACAAAACCGAGGAAGUCCAAAUCCGUGCUCCUGUUGUGGCUUCAUUUUCCUCAAGGGGUCCAAAUCCAGGAUCCCAACACCUUCUCAAGCCUGAUAUUACAGCCCCAGGGAUCGACAUCCUAGCAGCUUACACUCCUUUGAAGACUAUAACUGGAAAGGAAGGCGACAAACUGUACUCCAAAUUUAGCGUCAUAUCAGGCACCUCAAUGUCCUGCCCGCACGUCUCAGGGGCUGCUGCCUAUGUGAAAUCUUUCCACCCCGACUGGUCGCCCGCCGCCAUAAAAUCAGCCCUUUUGACCACAGCGAGACCAAUGAGCUCAAGGGUGGACACGGAUGCUGAAUUCGCGUACGGCACAGGCCAAGUUUACCCAACCAGGGCUAUCAACCCUGGGCUGAUCUACGACAUGGAUGACAUGUCGUAUAUUCAAUUUCUCUGUCACGAAAACUAUAGUGGGUCAGCAAUUGGUACCUUAACCGGGCGCGGAACAGUGGAUUGCUCCAAAUUGCUCCCCGCCAGCCCAGAGGAUGCCCUCAACUACCCGACCAUGCAGCUGGCGUUGAAAAACGAUCAAGAACCGACUGUCGGCAUUUUUAUGAGGACAGUCACGAAUGUGGGCCCUCCAAAGUCGGUUUACAAUGCCACCAUCCGGGCCCCGAAAGGGGUCGUUAUAACCGUGAAGCCCACGAAACUCUCGUUUUCCGAGACCUUGCAGAAGAAGAGCUUCAAAGUUGUGGUGACGGCGAAACCGAUGUCCUAUAGUAGGACUAUUGCAUCGGGUUUGCUCACUUGGGAAAGCACAGAUUCCCGAGUGAGGAGUCCUAUUGUGGUUUACAAUCCAUGAACCAACUGAAGACGGGAACUUGGAAAGGGAGUCGGAGAUUUCUGUGGACAACAGUACUAAAGUAUGUUUACUUUGCUGCGAUAAUACUUACUACUAAGCGAAAUGCUAAAGUUCAAUGUUCAUAACAAGUUUGGGUAAAUAAAGGUUUGCGAUAUGAAUUUUAGUUCUUCUUGCACUUGUACAAGUUGAACUCUUCCCGUUGCUUCUUCUGUUGGGAAAAAAUAUUAACUUCAACUAGUAUCUACUUGUCGACUUAAAACACUGAUGCGUAUAUACACAACGAAACGUAGUGCGUAAAUGUAACUCUUUCCAUUUUUCGACACCUGGAGUGUAAAGCUAAUCAUCUCGGAUGAACUGAGUAAGAUGUCCCAAUUUGAUA